GUGACACACACAGUUGGUAGUGAAAAAACAAAAGCUUUGCAUAUUUGCUUUGAUAUGGCCAAUCAAAUGGUGCCCAAUGCCGCUUAGUUUCUCCAUGAGACAGCUUCUUUUGCCCAUUUGCUCUCACUCAGUAACAAAGGCUUUAUGUCUGUAGAUUCAACUGGUGACUUGACUCUUGUUGUUCAAGAAAUGGAUGAAGUUACUGAUAUUGGUAGGAAGAAAGGUAGUAAGAAAGGGUCUGUAUCUGUCUCACCCAAGGAUAAAGGAAAAAACAAGAGAAAAUUAGGAGAUCCUUCUAUACGGAACCCAGUUAAUGCCCCCCUGUCCUUGACUGAGUUCCCUAGGUAUGAGUUCUCUCCCGAGAUAUCUCAAAGCUCUCCAUGUGAAGUCAAAUUGGAGGUGGGCUUGGAUCAGCCUAAAGAGGGACCAGAAACGGAAGCAUCUGAUCCUUUUGACUGGGAGGAUGAUCCUCUUGCAUGUCAGCUUGAAAAAAUUUUGUUGUCUAACUUGCAAGAUGUUUUCCAAAAUGCAAUAGAGAAGCUUGUUGAACUUGGGUAUAGUGAGGAGGUUGCUGAAAAGGUCGUUUCGAGGGGUGGCCUUUAUUUUGAAGGUAAAGCCCCUGUGAUGAAUAUCGUGAAAGAUACUCUCUAUUUUUUGGAGCAAGGGAAAGAUACCGGUGCUUCAAGAGACAACAUGUUUGAUGACUUACAGCAGCUGGUUGAGUACACGGUGUUGGAAAUAGUCGGUGUGCUUAGGGAGGUUAGGCCAUCCUUAUCUGCUGUGGAAGCAAUGUGGUUAUUGUUGAUAUGUGACUUGAACGUUCCACAGGCUAUUGCACUAGAAGGAGAUCCUUUUAGUGGUUCUGGUCGUAAAGAUGUUUCAGGAGAGAGCUCCUCUAGUUCCUCUAUUCCCCAAUUCAAAUCCAAGGCACAAAGCUCUGGAACCACCCUCCCAAAUCCCAAAGAACCAAAUUUCCCGAAGCCUUCACUCCUUAAUGCUCAAAAUCCUCUGCCUAAAACAGUCAAAUUUGGAAGUUUCUCGAAUUUACCCAACCCUAAAGAUCUUGCUUCGGAAAGGGUAGCUCCAGAAAAAGAGAGUACAGUUUCAUUGUCAUUCACUGUAGAGAAAUCUUUUGGUACCACUGAAGAAUGUGUCCAGCCUACUGAACAAAGUUGUACCUGUGAAGAAAAAUCAGGAGCUGGUCGCAAGGGGCGGACCAAGAAAGAACUUGCAGCACUUCGGCACAAGUGCAUUCAUAUGGAUAAAAGUUACAAGACUUGUGGGUCAAAAGGGAGUUUUAGACCUGGGAAACACUCUAGCUUUGGUGGUUUUGUUUUGGAAAAAAGACUGAAACCACCAUCUGAACUUGCUGGUGUACAGAUGAAAAAUGUUGUCUCAAAGAGAGGUACAGAAGUUGGAGCUGAAGUCCCUUUAGCAGAUGGAAGUCUUCCUGUUAGCAAGAUUCCAUCUACUUUAGGUGCAACAGAAAAUGCUCCCACAUCUACAUCGUCUACAGCUGAGAUGAAAUCCAACCCAAAGGCCCAGGUCAACACCCCUAAGGCUCCUCAGAUUCCUGAUUACUAUGCUGGAAUUCCAUAUGACAAGUCUCUGGGAAAGUAUGUACCGCAAGAUGAGAAGGAUGAACUGGUUUUGAAACUGGUUCCACGGCUGCAAGAACUACAGGAUGAGCUGCAAUGUUGGACUGAAUGGGCCAAUCAGAAGGUUAUGCAGGCUGCUCAUAGGCUUGGCAAGGAUCAGGCUGAGCUUAAAGCAUUGAGACUAGAGAAGGAAGAAGCUGAAGAGAAGAAAAAGGAGAAGAAAAUCUUAGAGGAGAACACAACUAAGAGGCUGUCUGAGAUGGAAAAUGCCUUGGGUAAUGCCACUGCUGAGGUUGAGAUAGCAGAUUCUACUCUUCGCAGGCUUGAGGUGCAAAAUUCAGUGCUGAAGGAGGAGUUAGAGGCUGCAAAAUUACGGGCUUCAGAGUCAGCUGCAAGUUAUCAAGAAACAGUGGAGAGGGAGCAGCUGACUUUGAAAAAGGUCCAGUCAUGGGAGGGGCAAAAGGCAGCAUUGCAGGAAGAGCUUGGGACAAAGAAGGAAAUGGUAGCUAAGUUGCAAAAGGAAUCGGGCAAGGCUAAGAAUCUCUACGACAAAACUGAGACCCGAUGGAAACAAGAGAGGAUGGAGAAGGAAAACCUACUUGCCCAGGCUGCCUCCAUAAGACAGGAAAGGGAACGACUUGAAGCUCAAGCAAAAGCAGAGGAGGAAAUUAUCAAACAGAAAGCAGAAAGUGAAGUGCAGAAAUAUAAAGAAGAAAUUAAAAAGCUUGAGCAGAAGCUUUCCGAAAUGAAAAUGGAGGCUGACUCUUCUGCAAUAGCAGCACUUCGGAGUGGCACUGAAGCAAGUUCCUCCUCAACAGGCAGCUCAGGUGUCCAAGCUAUGCAGCGCAACCAGAAUCCUCAAGGCUUAAAACUGGAGCGGGAGUGUGCCAUGUGCCUAUCAGAGGAAAAGACAGUGCUUUUCCUUCCAUGUGCACACCAGCUUCUCUGUGCAAAAUGCAAUGAGCUCCAUGAGAAAAAAGGGAUGAUGGAAUGCCCUGCCUGCAGAGCCCCAAUUAUGUUGAGGUUUAAUGCGCGUUUUGCUUGUCCAUAGCGGCUGGACACCUUUAGCAGGAAUGGAGAAUGGAGAAUUGUAGUAAUGAUUUGUAAAUGGAUCCUCUAAAGAGAUUCCAUUUCGAAUCAUUUCAGAUCAAUAUGGAUCCCCUUCCCCUUCCUUUU